AUGGAUGGUGAAGAGCGUGGUGAGCGCGGUUCUCAUAUGUCCCCCAAUGGUGCUGAUGAAAAGAAGCCGGUCUCUAUACUGAACAACUGGCCUGCUGGCAAAUAUCCAGUGCCUAAGGAGCAGGAUAAUAGACCUGUUUAUUACCGUAGUGGUAAUUUAAGAUCCGCGAACGCUAGUGGCGAUGAAAUAGAGAAACCGAGACCAACUGAAUUGAAAGAAUUACCAUCAACUGGUUCCAUCCCCAGGUAUACAUCCUUUGAAAAAUACAAGAAUUCCAAUAGUAACAGCAAUAGUAGUCAGAAAUUAAAGAUAUCGACAGAUAGUCCCGUGGAGUCAUCUCCUCAGAAAUCGAGCAGCGCUUGCUCUAAUACGGCAGUCUCAUUUACGGUAUCUGAUGAAGCAAAGAUCCCUCAUCACAGAUACUCAAUCAGUGCCAAACCAGGUCGAUCUUCUGGUACAAAUUCACCAAAUGCAAGUUCAGACCAGCUGUCAGAAAAGACCGACUCCCCCUCUGAUGAAAAGAACUCUAUAGUGCAUAUGCCGGGGGAUUUCAUUUAUUUUGAACCGCGGUCAAAGGCAAACGUUCCCUCUACUGGCUCAAAUCCAGAAACGCCGACACCUCGUAAAGAAAUUAUUAAACCAUCCAAUGGUCCACAGGUUCCCUUUACAGAAUUUUUUCAGAAGCAAGAUGACAAGAAGUUUCAUAUACUGAUAGGUGCAACAGGAUCGGUUGCUACCAUAAAAGUUCCACUAAUUAUUGAUAAACUGUACAAGAUUUAUGGCAGAGAAAAAGUGUCCAUCCAAUUAAUCGUCACUAAACCUGCCGAGCAUUUCCUCCGAGGUUUAAAGAUCUCCACAGAUGUCAAGAUAUGGCGGGAAGAAGACGAGUGGUAUGGUUUCAAAAAGAUGGGAGACCCGGUAUUACAUCAUGAACUAAGGAAAUGGGCAGAUAUCUUUUUGAUUGCUCCACUAUCUGCAAAUUCAUUGGCCAAGUUGGCCAAUGGUAUCUGCGACAAUCUUCUGACAUCAGUGAUGAGAGACUGGGCCCCUUCAACCCCAGUACUGGUCGCUCCGGCGAUGAAUACGUUUAUGUACAUCAAUCCGAUGACAAAAACACACCUCAAGAUAAUACAAGAAGACGCCCCGUUCAUCACUGUGUUGAAACCAGUCGAGAAAGUGUUGAUUUGUGGCGAUAUUGGAAUGGGCGGAAUGCGGGAGUGGAACGAUAUUGUGGAGAUUCUACGACGCCGAAUUACAGAACUGCAUAAGACUGACGAAGAGGACGAGGAAGAAGAAGAUGAUGACGAGGAAGAUGACGAGGAUGAGGAAGAAGAUGAAGAACAAGAUCGAACUAAACCAGAGAAUGAUGAGGAUGAUGAAGAUGAAGAGGAUGAUGGAGAGGAUGAGGAUGAGGAUGAGGAUGAUGACGAAGAAGACGAGUACGAAGACGAGACAUAUGGAGCCAAAAAGUACAGAAAACCCAAAAGUUUGAUGCCAUGGCGUCGGAAACCCGCUAUGUAG